UUACAAUCAUCAAGGAGAAUUCAGAGAGCUAGCAAGGUUAUUUAACCUAAGUGAGGUGCGUAGUUUUGAUAUAUACUAUACUUGGGUACCUCGAACACCAGGGGAUGUUCGAAUAUUCAUUAAUGAAUUGACUUGGCUACUCUCUAAAUUAUCCAAAGUUGAAGAAUUGACAAUUGCAAGCAUUAUGAUACCAGAGGCAAUUGAGCCAGUCUUGUUAUCACUAAGACCAAAUCAGAUACGCGUAUUGAGGUUGGUGUGCGAAUUGGAUUACCCAUUUUACCUAAUGACUGGUCUUAGAAGUGGGCUAAUUUCUCAACGACACUCUUUAAUUGAAUUCCACUGGGACUCCGGAAUUCAAAUACUGAUUAACCCGAAACGAAUUUACAAAUUACCAGUUAAUGAUAGAAUCUACUUCCAAAUACAGGCUUUCCUUGAAGAUGAGUAUUUAUUACCCAAACUUCAUAGAGUGUCAAUUGAAGGAUAUCACUAUCUAAUCAACAGAAUUGGGGAUGGGAUUCCUGUAUUUCUCCCGAAUGAAUAAGGAAACUUGGAUUUAAGUUUCCUAAUCACAUUCAAAGAGUACACUAUUGUGGGAGUUUAAUAUACAUAUUAUACC